ACUACUUUAGGCGCUGCCCAGAGUCCAGGAGUCCAGACAGCCUGGGAGGGGAGAAGGAGUUGGAGCUCAAGUUGGAGACAGCGAGGAGAAACCUGCCAUAGCCAGGGUGUGUCUUUGAUCCUCUUCAGGAGGUGAGGACAAGCCAGAGGUCCUUGGUGUGCCCUCAGAAGUCUGCCUGAAGUUCUCACCAAGCCGCUGUGAAAAUGGGGAUAAACACCCGGGAGCUGUUUCUCAACUUCACUAUUGUCUUGAUUACAGUUAUUCUUAUGUGGCUCCUUGUGAGGUCCUAUCAGUACUGAGAGGCCAUGCCAUGGUCCUGGGAUUGACUGAGAUGCUCCGGAGCUGCCUGCUCUAUGCCCUGAGACCCCACUGCUGUCAUUGUCACGGGAUGCCAUUCUCCACCUGAGGGCACCUGUGACCUGCACUCACAAUACCUGCUAUGCUGUAGUGCUAGGAUUGAUUAUGCGUUCUCUAAAGAUGCUGCUCCCAAGGGCUGCCAAGUGUUUGCCAGGGAACGUUAGAUUUAUUCCCCAACUCUUAACUGAAAAUGUGUUAGACAAGCCACAAAGUUAAAAUUAAACUGGAUUCAUGAUGA